AUGGCCUCUUACCCAUUCCUCUUUCGCCAACUACUCCCCAAGAAUGGGCGAGCACAUUCCCAUCCGGUCAAGGUUAGAAUUUUCAUGGUAGGGGUCAUAGUUGGUACAACAACAAUGACGGGUCAUCUAAAAAUUCUGAUUUUAGGUGACCUUAGACUCUACUCGAAUCAAAAGUACGAUGCUAACUUUGUCCCUCUAGAAUCAUUCGACCAUUCAUUGCCUCCAAAGUCAAAACCCACUCUCCACUCGGCCCGCAACCUCUCCAAACAGUCCCUUUAUCCUAUCCUUUACACCGACCACAACUAA